AUGGAAGAAACCGCCUCUGGCCCCUCUCGCGUCACAAACCCGGCUCCCUCAGGCACUCAAGCGCCACCUCCUGCUGGUCCAUCCCUUCAUCCUUCAUCCCUGGGAACUCAACCCUCUCCGAUUUCUUCCACUGAGCAAUCUCGUUUCGACUCUGUCGCAAUCUUUUGA